AUGUUCUGGCUCGGAAUGAUGCUGACCAUGAUUUUGGCACAGUCGGUGCCGUGGUGGAGCGAAUGGGGGUUCCGGAUCACUGUCGUCUCGAGCUUAGGGGCAAAUCUUGUCGUCGGCAUCCUGUCCGGGACACGGCGGCGCUCGGCGUCCCGCUGCGGCGACGAGCGCACUCGGCAGCCUGUCCUCUGCGGCUCCGAUGCGUCGGAGGAGGAGAAGCAGGUGGUCGCGUUCUGGGCCCCGUUCCUCCUGCUGCACCUGGGCGGCCCGGACAACCUGACCGCCUACGCUCUGGAGGACAACAAGAUCUCCAACCGCAAAUGGCUUGAGAUAGGCGUUCGGAUUCUGGUGGUCAUUUAUACCAUCUACAACAACACACAUCGCGGCGGCCGCAGCUGGGCUUUGCUGCUCGCGGCGUCCGUCGUCAUGCUCGUCGCCGGCGUCGUCAGGUACGUGGAGAGGGCUUACGCCCUACGGAAAGCCAACUUGGACAGCAUGCAGGAGGACGCCUCGUCAAGCAGCUGCAAGGACGACGACUUUAAGAUGCUGAAAUGCAGAAUCAAGAGGACGAAGAGGCAGGGGCUGUCGCUCCGCGACGGAGAAGCGCUGCUCCUUGCUCAGGAUCUGUUCCCCAUCUGGCGCCAUGCCCUGGUCGAUUCUUCUGUCGAACCAGCUUCUAUUUCACCAAGGCAGGAAGCCAGCGAGAUGAUACUCUCGGAGUGGGACUGGGAGAGCAUGUGCAAGGUGGCCGAGAUGGAGCUGUCUCUCAUCUACGAGUUCCUCUACACCAAGGCGAUCCUGGCACACACCUGGCACUACUACCUCAUCCGCUUGUUGUCGCCCCUCUUCACUGCUGCUGCCGCAUUUCUCUUCUGCUUCUGGCAUCAUCCUGAUAAGCAGCAGCAGGGCGAUGAUGGCCACCGGGUCAGGGGAUCCUUUGUCGGGAUCACCUACGCCUUGCUGGCCAUUACCUUCCUCAUGGAUGUGGCAUGGCUGAUGAGGGCCCUCGGGUCGACAUGGGCGUACGCCUACUUCCAGGCCGCCGGAAGAAGAUGGUGGUGCAGCAUCCACCGCAUCGUCGUCCGCCUGGACCCGUUGCAGCUAAUCUGCCGCGAUCCGGUCAGCCACAGGCGGUGGUCGGGCACCAUCGGCCGGACGAGCAAGUCAAAAGAAAUUAAAAAGCACGGCCACAAGGCCUUCAGCUGUGCACCUGAGCAAGUCAAAAAGAAAUUCGAGGAGGACGUCCUCUUGUCGCAUCUUUUCGGCGAGGAAUUCGAGGAGGACGUCAUCUUGUGGCAUAUCGCCACCUGCAUGGUCCUGGUGGUCCUCACGGACGGAAGAAGACUUGCGUCGGCAAUUGGGGUGAUGUCGGAAUACAUGAUGUUCCUUGUUGCUGUUCGCCGACAAAUGCUACCUGGCCUUGUCCUCCACAGCCAGUUGCAGGUAACCCGCAAGAAAUUGGUUGAAAUAUGGGAUGGGGGUCAGCGUAGUAAGAUACUACCCGAUCGAGAAAAAUCAAUCAUGAAUAACAAAGAAAAGCUUGCCAUGAUCCUGCGACGCGUAAGGAUCGUGGAGGACGACGAGAAUGUGCCGUCUGAGGAUAAAAUUGAAGGCAACGAAGGUACGCAACUUCUCCUGCAUGCACAAGACCUUUAUUUUUGCCUAUCAGGCGACAAGCGACCUACUACAGUAGAAAGCCGAGCUGCCCCGCGGGUAUCAGAUGAGAUGCUGGAGUUCAUCUUCAAUGUGUGGGUGGAUAAGCUGGUGUACGCGGCCGUCCGGUGCAGCAGGGAGGCCCAUGCCAAGCAGCUCAGCGCCGGUGGCGACCUCACCACCGUGCUGUGGAUGCUUAUCCAACAUGCUGGCCCGUUUUGCAUUGGAGAAAAAGCAAAGAGCAUCUCCUUCGUUGCUGCGAAGCCUAAGAAGGAGGAGGAGGAGAAGAAGAAGGAUGACGCGAAGCCACCGCUUCGGGCUCCGCCUCCGUGCUGUCCCGUGUGCCCUCCAUACUACCACCCAUCAUACCCCCCCGUGUGCCCUCCAUACUACGGCCCAUCAUGGCCCCCCGUGUGCCCUUGGUACCCCCAAUGUCCCCCGCAACAUGAGAGACCAGGAGACGAACCUGAGGAAGCCAGAGAAGAUAAACACGAAGAUUCUUCUUCUGAUGAUGAUGAGGAUUCCGAAUCCGAAGAAUAA